AUGGCGCUCUCUACAAUUGGCAAGACGGCUGCCGCCUUGACAAUUUUUAUAGGGACGCUGUCCACGGUAUUCUAUAGACCCCUCGUAACUAAGAUAGAUACUGUCCACAAUCUGCCGCGAGCAUGGCAUCCGUUUGAGGGGGGGUCCGCUGACAUCCGCUUCGCGGAUACCAUCAAAUACUCGGAGGAUAUCGUCAUCGACCAUGAUCAUGGCCUCGCGAUAAUAAGCUUUGACCCCUCUAGAUCAGAAUGGAAUACUGUCAUGGGAAUCUUCAAGAACCCGGACCCGAGGGGGAGCCUAUAUGUCUACGACUAUGCGGCAGCAGGCACCAUCAAGGAACUAGAACUUACAGGCUUUCCUGAUAAUAUCGAUUUCCACCCUCUUGGGAUUAACUUCUUCCGUAGCUCCCCAAAAUCCAAGACAAGGCUGUUUGUUGCCAAUCAUCAGCGAACUGGGAGUACCGUGGCGGUAUUCGACGUCGACUAUGACUUAUCUCAAGCGAAGUAUGUUACAACAAUAUCUGAUAACGACCAGGCUAUCCUAUCGCCAAAUUCUAUCGCACCUGUCUCCUACACACAAUUCUACGUCACGAACGACCAUCGCUAUAUGGCGAGAACCAGACCUUUCUGGAACAAAAUCGAAACAUCCUUCUCGAUGCCAUGGAGCUGGGUUGCCUUUGUGGACUUUUCCUCACCUGAAGAUCUCAAGUGCGUAAUCGUAGCCAGUAACAUCGCGUUUACGAACGGGAUCAUCGUAACGCCAACUGGGAAAGAGGUCAUCGUGGCUUCUUCAGGGAGCGAUGCAGUUUACGUUUAUGAACGAGACCCCCAAUCCAAUUUGUUAUCUAGCAGCCGUGAAACCAUUCCCCUCAGUUUCCAUCCUGAUAAUGUCAAUUUCGACCACUCCUUGGACAUUUCUGACCCCACCGUGUUCGACACGGAGGGGAGAUUCCUUCGUGGGGUGACAGUCGGCGGUCAUCCAUCCUUAAUUAAACUGAUGCGAAUGAUCAAUAGCCCUGAGAAGCUUAAUGCGCCAUCAUGGGUUGCUGAGGUACGACGGGGUACGGGACUUGACCCAGCUCCAUGUCCAGCAGCGCCGCCACAGCCAAAGUUUUACGCAAGAACUUUGUAUCAAAGUAAUGGAGAGCAUUUUCCAAGUAGCACUACAGGGGCCAUGGACUCGAAACGAGGCCAUCUCCUGAUCUCCGCUCUUUAUGGAAAGGGUGUUUUGGAUAUUUCAUGGAAAGUAUAA